AUGACACGCAUCUUCAUCACCGGUUCUAGCGAUGGUAUUGGCCAAGCCGCAGCCAAAAUCCUUGCUGAUCAGGGCCACUCAGUUGUCCUCCACGCACGAAACGCAGACCGCGCCGCCUCGGCCCAUAAAGCUGUACCCAAAGCUGAGGCAGUAUUAGUUGGUGAUUUGAGUUCAAUCUCCGAGACUAAGAAACUGGCAAAAGAAGCCAAGGGAAGCGGACCGUUCGACACCAUCAUACACAAUGCAGGCAUUGGUUACGGUGCCACAUCCAGUCGGGAGAUCACUGCGGACAAUAUUUCUGCCGUAUUCUCAGUCAACACGCUUGCGCCAUAUAUUCUCACUUGCUUGAUGGAUAAACCUACGUCGCGGCUACUCUAUAUGAGCUCGGAUUCCCAUUACGGUGGUGAUGAAUCUCUACGCAACGUGACGCAGUCACACUCAUAUGGAGACAGUAAAUUGCACGAUGUGAUGCUCGCCAAUGCUUUUUCCCGGCGAUGGGGCGAUAGUAUACAGGUUGUGAGCAUGCAUCCAGGCUGGGUGAGGACCAAGAUGGGAGGCUCUAUGGCUCCUGGUGGAAUGGACAAGCCGGCUGAAGCUUUGGCAAAGUGGGCUACUGGACAAGGCAAAUUGGCCAGCCUCAAGAGUGGAGCAUUCUUCACCCCAAGCGGCGAGGAGUCGACACACCCUGGGGCUGGUAAUGUGGGGAAGCAGGAGGAGCUAUUGAAGAUUUGCCAGGAGGUGUCUGGAGUUCCAGUUCCGGAGUAA